AACCGGCCCGCGUCUUCAAUCGACCCAUCGUAACUUACGAUCCUGCCUGAAAGGACCAGCUUUAGACACAAUCUCUUCGCUAGAGUUCAGCCACGCCAGAUAUCCCAUCGCCCUGGACCUUCUUAACAAACGGUUCAAUAACAAGUGUCUAAUAUUUCAGGCACAUGUCACUGACAUUCUGAGUGUGCAGCGUAUUGAGACCUCAUCUGUGUUCCAACUCCGGUCAUUUUCAGAUACUGUAAAUGCCAAUCGGCGGACUUUGCAGAGUGUGGGGACAAAGGAGCUUGUUGACUGCAUUCUGAUACAUAGCCUGCUACAGAAAGUGGUCAGCCCCACACAAGCCAAGUGGGAGGAAUGCUCGUCAAUGGAUAAGCAAACCCACAACCCAGAAUUUUACCGCUUUUCUGGAGCACAGAUGCCAGAGGUUGGAGACUCAGGAGCACGCAUGUACACCAAUAGCAAUUGGAAACACUGCCUAGUAGCAACUACCUUAAAGCCGAUUGCCUGCGCGCUCUGCGACGAUACCGGACAUUCAAUACAUAUAUAUAUAUGUUCUCAGUUCAGCAUCCUUUCUCCACGACUUCGGCUCCAGGAAGCUAAGAAGCAAUCGCUACGCACCAACUGCCUCCGAUCAGGCCAUCAGCAAGGUGAAUGUCGUUCUCGAUCCUGCCGAGUUUGUGGUGCUAAAGCAUCACACACUACUUCAUUUCGAGUCUCCAUCCUACACUUCUCAAUCCAUUCUGCCCAACUCUUCAAAUCAACAUCGGUUCCACGCCGUAACAUCGUCAGCCUCGUCGCUUUUGGCCCAGAGUCAUCGACGGGACGCCGUGAUUUUGCCCACUGCCAUAAUCAGCGUGAGGAGUCGCUCUGGGAUGUUGAUUCCUUGCCGUGCCCUACUCGAUUCUGGAUCGCAGGUGCAUUUCGUCACUUCUCGUCUGGCACAACAGUUGCAGCUACAGAAGAAAUACUCGGAAGUUUCCGUUUCUGGUCUAGGCGGGUCGUGUGCCAUAUCCGAAGGAUGCUGCGUUGAUAUCCAACUGGAAUCACACGCGUCAAACUAUGCUGCGACCAAUACGGCACUUAUUGCUUCAACCAUUACGGGUAACCAACCCAACGGUAUCCUCAACAUUAAUCGCUGGAACAUGCCCUCCAACAUACCUCUGGCGGAUCAGAAGUUUUACCAGCCCCAGCCAGUUGAUAUUCUGAUUGGAGCGGCUCUGUUCUUCGAGCUUCCAUGCGCUGGCAAUAUAAAGUUGGAAACUGGACUGCCACGUCUUCAGGAGACCAGACUGUUAGAUGAUUUGAAGUGGCCUCUCGCUCGACCCAGAAUGGGGUCUGACAUAAAGUCCGGAGUAGCGGUGCUGAAGACGUUUCCUGGAGCAACAAUAGAACAACAGUGCUGCCAAAGAAGGAUGUUAAAGACGCGUGCUCUUCAACGGUGGGAGUAUGUUUGGCUAAGCGCCGGCCCAUGGCAGCACAAAGAGCAGUUGAGCAUAUGUAACAUCACUUAAUGUAAUGUCUCUCUUUAUCACCGUUUUGCUUUCCUUUGA